AUGGGAGAAGAUGGUCUUUACUCAAUACAUAUUGUUGAUGGAUGUGUCAACAAGACAUCUGGGUUCAUUGAGAGAAUGAUGCCAGGAUGCAAGUUCCACUCUGUCCCCUGGAUGAAAGAUGAAUCUAUCCAGUUGCUUGGAUGUGCAGGUGGACCUCUGCAUAGCAGGCAGUGUGACACUGCUGAUGAAGGUAUGCUUGCUGACUUUGUGGAGAACCCAAUGGGGACAAUUGGGGGAUUUGCUGCUCUUCUUGGUCCAUAUGAAAGAUAUCAUGAGAGGCAAGGUGAGAUGUAUGUUCUCACAGCCAACCAUGUGGUAGAACAACUCAUUCCAAAUGUUGAAUAUAUUUCUUGGUCCAAGGAAGAUCAAAGUGACAAACAUGUAAUAGGUAGAGAGGUUCCAUAUAAAAUACCAUUAAGAAUGGACAGUGAUAGUGAUGAAGAGGGCAUUGACAACUGGAAAGAUGUUACUUGCCAAAAGGAAGAUGAGAAAAUGUUAGAGAAUUGUGUAAUUCAUGCAGUAAUGAAUGAUAAAGAUGAGGAAGAACAACAAUAUGAUAUUGCCUGCAUCAGAGUGGAUGAUCAACAUGAUCCUGCCAAUACCAAAAUAAAAAAUGAACAGUGUGAGAACAUGAAACAUCAAUACAAAGAUUGUGAUGAUUGUUGUAAUAAAGGUGGAUGGUGGUCCAAAGACCCUAAAGCUGGCUCAAAUGUAGUAAAGCUAGGACUGUCACUCAAUCAAGCAAAGGGCAAUAUUUUGAAAGUAGAUGCAGGGGGUGAAAUCAAAGUUGGUAAUAAGACUGCAUGGGUAGAGAACAUGGUAGCUAUCAGUUCAGAAAAGCCAGAUGCUGACACUGCAUACACACAGCCAGGAGACAGUGGGACCAUAGUAUGUGAUACAAAAGAGCUACAAUGGUUGGAAUGUUAUCCAAACUGUUUCAUGAUAUUUGCAGGAUGGGAUAAAGCAAAUAUAUACAAUGCAUGGAACAAACCAGUGUCUCUAGCAUUCUCCUUACCUGAUGCCCUGGAGAUGUUAGCUGAACAAGUGAAGGGAAAUGAUGAGGAAUCAAAGAAGAAAUUUAAGUUGUCUUGCUGUAAGAAAGUAUUUGAACAAAUACAAGAGGAAGAAGAAGAAAAGCGUCAAAAGGAAAUGGCAGAGUGUCCAAAAGAGGAAGUAGAGUAUUUAAGUGGAGAAGUAGAAUGUUCAUAUCAAGAGUGUUCAAACGAAGAAAUAGAAAGUUCUAAAGAAAAGGGAGAAUGUCCAAUAGAAGCAAACUGUUCAAAGCAAGAACCAGAAUAUUGCCGAGGCUGCAUACGCGCCAAUUGCCUAAUGUGAAACAGAAACAGCAACUCAACGUUUGGAAUUGAUUGAAGUGUAGUAUAUUAUUGAGGACUUUAAUAGGCAAUAGUAGAGGAAUAAUAAGUAUUAACUUAUGUAUUUGG